GCUGGUCUGAGAUAAAUAUACCCAGGGAAUCUAUAUAUACAAGCAACCAUGAGACCGAAGAACAGUUUGCGUAGGAAUAUUGCUCUGUGAUCGUUCUCUACAAUAAAGUGAAUUUGUUUUCAUAAUUAGUCAUAAUGGCAGCGCCAUUGGCUGCAUUGCAACUGAGCUCACCACCUAGUCUGGAGAAAAACAUUCAUAUCAAGGAGAAAAAUUUAGGAAGGAUUCCACAUAACCGGGAAAAUGAUAUACUUCCUUUACAUUCACCCUGGACUUUUUGGCUCGAUAGAUCUCUGCCAGGAACAACAGCAGCUGAGUGUGAGUCGAACUUGAAGAAAAUCUACACAGUGGAGACAGUACAGAACUUUUGGCGGGUUUACAACAACAUACCAAGUGUCUCUAGCUUGCCAUUGAGAUGUAGCUACCAUCUGAUGAGGGGGGAGAGGAAGCCUCUCUGGGAAGAAGAAAGCAAUGCUAAAGGUGGUGUUUGGAAAAUGAAAGUACCAAAAGAAUGUACUUCUGUGGUGUGGAAGGAGCUGCUAUUGGCCACUAUUGGAGAACAGUUCAGUGAUUAUUGUGCCUCAGAGGAUGAAGUAGUUGGGGUCAGCAUCAGUGUAAGGGACAGAGAAGACGUAGUUCAGGUCUGGAAUGGGAAUGCUUCCUGCGCCGAUGAGUCAAAGGUCUUGGAAAAGAUCUACGAGCUCCUCCCUGAGACACCUUUUAAAGCUGUAUUUUAUAAACCACAUGAGGAGCACCACGCUUUUGAAGGAGGUCGAACAAGACACUAAAUGUUUUUGCACAUUAUAGGUUUUAGGUUGUACAACAAUCUUUUCAAUUGGUAAAGUUAUCACAGAUCACUCAGGAAGAUUACAAAUCACCUUAGAUCUUAUGUAUUACCUCAGCCUAGCUAAAGUAUUUUCAAUCAAUAUAAUUUUAGUUAAUCCAAGCACCACUUGCAUUACAAUGUCCUGCUAAUAUAGUUUGAUACACCAUAGUGUAUGAUUGUUUUAUUAUCUUUGAAUGUAUUUCUGUUGUUUUUUCUUUUUGUUUUACCUCGACCUUUUACAAAUGCAAAACCGAGUAAUGAUUUUCAGAGGCUUUCUAAUGAAAUGUGCCGUUUAGAUCUUUUAAACUGUUUUACUUAUUCACUAGAAGUGAAUAAGCAAAAAAAUCACAAUCUACAGUGUUGUAUCCAUAUAAGAAUUAUUUUAUAUUUUUUGUCUUUAAAGGUAUAGUGGAAGAUUUUCAUGAAUUUUUGAAAAGAACCACCCUCUCCACUUUAAACAAAAAAGCAAAUGCACAAACCUGUACCGGCUCACGAGAUGGAACGCCUAUCAAACUCGUGCGAGAGCAUGCACGAGCACGUCUCCUCAUGCACACCCUGUAAAAGUUGCUGUUU